CGGAUUAUUAGUCCUGUUACUCCUUCAUCAGCUCCAUGGGCAAAACAUGAUGAUCACAGUACUCACAAACCCCUUCACUAUACGAAUUCAAGAAAUGGUGCUGCGAUUAUUGGUCCGAAUUCAUCUAAUACAUCUAGUUCGUCUUCUCUUUCUACUCUCCUGCUGUUAGUACACCAGUAUGGCAGUCAAACAAUUCUGCUCCUAAAAAAUCGGAAAAAUUCUGAAAGAAGAAGUAAGAAAAAAUUAAAAGACGCAACGAGCUUUAUUUUAUCUAAUUCUGGAGUUAUAUCAGCUGUCACAAAUAGUAUGGGAAAACGCUAUGCAGUCGCAGGAAAUGGAGCAAAG